AUGACAUCAAUAGAGUAGCUUUCUAAAGUAGAAGGUCCAUAAUAAAUACUAUAAGUUGAUUCUUCAGCUUCAUCACAUGGAUCAGAUUCUUCAGACUCUUCAUAUGAUUUUGCAUAGGAUUUAAACUAAAAGCCUUCGUUUAAGAGAACUCCAGAAGAAGAGAAAGAGCUUCUUUAUAGAUAUAGAGGUAUAUUUAAAAAAAUAUAGUUUUAGGAAAACAUGGUCUAAAGUAUUCCAAAAUAUCUAAUGAUUAACGAUAAAGGUUAAUAAAACAAGUGACUACAACAGGUUGUACUAUAAAAAGUGCAGCUAAAGAAUUAAAUAUCAAUUUUUCAACUGCUAAGGCAAUUAUGCAAAUUUAUCGAAAAGAGGGGCGAAUAUCAAAGAAAAUAAAGAGAGAGAAUAAGAAAACCUUAACAAAGAAGUAAGAAAUUCUCAACCAAAGUAAUUACAAAUUUUUAAAUUUUUAGCCACUUGUGAUAAACCAAAUUAUGGUGAAUAAAAACAGACAAAAGUUGAUGUAGUAUAAGAUAAUUUAGAAACAAAUCUUUAUCAAUAAGCAGAAGAGACUAAUAGAAGUUAGGCUCUAUUAAUUUAAUAAUUAAACACAUAGGUAAAUAAACUUAAAUUAAUAAAUAUUAGAAUUUAUUAUUAUCAGACCGAGUACAGUAAUUGCAAUAGGAAAAUUAAUAAUUAACUUAAAAUUACACCUAUUUAUCUUAUCAAUAUAACUAAUUAUAAUAGAUGGUAAAAAUUUUAAAUAUCUUUCUUAGAUGUCAUAAAUGAUGCCUUCAUAUUAUCGACCUUAUCCUUGA